UGGCCAUUGUUAUGUGGAGAGAAAGCUGCAACUUGGUGCAUUUCCGUUAACAAUAUUCAGUACUUUUUAAAACAUUAAUCGUAAUAAACAGGGUUAGAUAAUUAUGCACAAAUUGUAGAUGGAGCUAAUUCUGUGCGCUUAGUGGGUUGCUUGAUUCGUUCAUGGAAACAGAACAAGUUUGAUUAGAAAAGACAGAGAGAAUUUGAAUUUGUGGAAGGAAAUGGAUGUGGCUUCUCUGCAGAGCUCGAAUCCAUCGCCACUCCUCUCCUCCUCAAACCCCGUUUCCAUCCAUCGCCCCGCCGUCAUUCUACCUGGCUUAGGGAACAAUUCCGGCGACUACCAGAGCUUGAAGCAAACACUGAGUGAGAAGUACGGCGUUUCCGCGGUGGUGGCGAAGGUCUCGAGGCUGGAUUGGCUCCGCAACGCCGCCGGUCUGGUGGACCCCAACUACUGGCGUGGCACUCUUCAACCAAGGCCCGUCCUGGAUUGGUACUUGAAUAGGAUCGAGGAAGCUGUCGAAGAAGCGAAGGAAAGUGGAAAUGGAUCUGAAACUGAAACCGUUUCAUUGAUCGGACACUCUGCCGGAGGAUGGCUUGCUCGCGUGUACAUGGAAGAAUUUGGGAGUUCCGACAUAUCCCUGUUAUUGACUCUGGGAACGCCUCAUCUUCCACCUCCGAAAGACGUGGAAGGGGUUAUUGAUCAAACAAGGGGUCUCCUUCACUAUGUUCAACACAACUGCUCCAGAGCUGUUUACACCCCUGAGCUCAAGUAUGUAUGUGUAGCGGGAAGGUUCAUCAAAGGCUCUCGAUUUUUCCGCAAUUCAGAUACUGGGCCUGCAGUUUCCACCCAGGUUGUUUCUGAAACUUCUGCUAGUGGCACCCCCUCUGCACCCAAUGCAGUGACAUUGCGUGCUCGGUUUGUUGGGCAGGGAUACAAGCAGGUUUGUGGAGAAGCAGAAGUGUGGGGUGAUGGUGUUGUGCCGGAGGUAUCGGCUCAUCUGGAAGGUGCGCUUAACAUUUUCUUGGAUGGAGUUUAUCACUCACCUGUUGGUGCAGAUGAUGCGACCAGACCGUGGUAUGGUUCGCCUCAGGUGUUGGACCAAUGGGUGCAGCACCUUCUUAACUGACUUCAUCUAAGGAAUGUCAUUUCGUUCCGAAAUGUGUUUCUUCUAUUUCAGACAUUGAAGUUGGUUACUGUUUAAUCUACCGGGAAAUGUGUUUUUUAACAUUUCUGUAGUAUAUUUGUGUGUUUAUCGAU